CAGGCGGGUCAGUUGAGCACUGUCAUGUUGUUUUGGUGGCAAUGCGAAGAGAAAAGUAAAAUGCAUUCCUUGCUCUGGAGAACAAAGAUCUGCAGCUGAUCUGGACUUCAUUUUAAAAUGGCCAAACAAACUCCAGUUCAAAGUUCCAUGGCCAUAAUAAAUGAAACAAAGUACAUUACCAGAAGUCAACUGGAAUCCUUAUUGAAAAGAUAUAACUGUUACUUCAAGGAUCAAAAGAAUCUUCACAUAUCGUAUCACCAAGAUGAACAUGGAAAAAUCAUUAUUUCUGGACUCAUCGAGAUUUUUUGGGGAGUGCAGCGACCAAUCAGAUUCCAGAUGCAGGAUGAUAAAUUUUCCUUUUCAGAAUGUAUUCAGCUGCCAGAAGUUAUUGGUUCAAGUAUAGCUAAAAGUGGAAUGAUGCGCUGGGGUGAAUUUGAUGACCUUUACCACAUUAGUGAAUUAGAAGAGACUCCAAUGAGUUCAGAUGAGGAUACAGAGAGCAAUAAUGGCUUAACCUACAGUUAUGACAGCAGUACACUCAGGCCUAAACACAAGGAAGACCCUCCAGACUCCCCUUCAUUGUACAGAACAAUGAGUGAUGCUGCACUGGUUAAGAAGAGGGUCAAACCAAACACUCCUAACAGAGGAAGCCUACAGCAACACCGGUUUUCCAUAAAUGGACAUUUUUACAACUACAAGACAUCAAUUUUCACUCCAGCUUUUGGAUCUCAAACAAAAGUAAUGAUAGACAGCAAUAUGAAAACUGAAGAAGUGAUCAAACAAUUGCUGCAUAAAUUUAAGGUUGAAACAAGUCCCAAUGAAUUUGCACUAUAUAUAAUACAUGCUACAGGUGAAAAGAAGAAACUUAAGAAUUUAGAUUGUCCACUAUGGGAGAGACUUCUACAAGGUCCUUCAGGAAAGAUAGCUAGGAUGUUCCUCAUGGACAGAGAAGCAGAAGAAAUUAACAGUGAUGUAGCACAAUACAUAAAAUUUAGCCUUCCACUUCUAGAAUCAUUUUUGACAAAAUUAAAUGAAGAAGAGGAACGGGAAAUUCAAAGAACUAUGGACAAGUUCUUAAAAGAAAAGGCCAUUUUAAUUCAGUUCCUAAAAAGCAAACAUGUCAAAAUCAAAAUGACAGAAACUACAGUCUAAUCAUUCAUUAGAUAUAUGAAGAAGGCUCACAGGGCUCAACAAAACUGAUAAUACCUUUGGAGAUGUUAUAAAGUGAUUGAGAAUAACUAUGUUGGAUAACGGCAUUUGCAACCGACUCCUUGUUGAUCCAUGUGGAAAUUUUAGAGAAUAUCCUGGAUUUACUAUCAGCACAAUUAGGAAUUUCACGUAAAUCAAUGGGAAAUCUGUGCACUGAAAAGAACAACUGGCAAAUAAUUUCUCAUCUAUUAAAACAAAAAUCUACUAUUUUAUCAAGGAUUUUGUGACCUUGGUAAUGCUAUUUAAUGCAAACAGUAGGAUCAAGGAGACUCUUUUGUUUCUAGUGUGUGUGAGCUACUGGAGAACUUCUGAUUUUUUUUUAGUUUGGAUAUAUUCUAAUUGUGAAGCAUUUCAGUUCUUCAAUUUAAGGAGUUUGAAUGUCAAUAAUUACAUGCAAAAACUUGCAUAAAGCACAUAAAAGACUUGAGACAGCAGCUGUGUCCAAUGAGAUGCUGCUAAUACUGUAGUUCUGCACAUCCACUUUGCUUUUGGUUACUUUGAAUAUUGUUUCCAUUUGUUUCACAUUCAGAAUGUUCAGAUGUAUUUAUUAAACUGUGAAGUUGUUCCUGCAAGAAUAAUAAUAACAAAAUAUAUAUGUUCAGAAAAAACAAAAAUAAAAUAAAAGUGUAGGUAUCCCCUAAUUCAAGAUUAAGUAGGCUUUUGGUCAUGCACAGAUACAGGGCUGAUACCAGUUGGGUAUUUUGAAUGUUUGUAUUUAUUAAUAUUGUAGCAGGAUGUAGGAAUUCAUAAAAUUUUUAAAUUGAUUUUAAUUUUUUCUCUUUUUUCCCUUUAUCUUUCCCAAAACUGGAUAAUUUGGUUAGAAUGAUCUCCAUGCAAUCAGGAACUUAAUUGUAUGGCUAGAUGCAUAUUUCUGUUUUUGCUUAUUAUGUUAUUCAGACUCUUCGGGGCACAUUUACCUAGGGUCGAAUAUCGAGGGUUAAUCGAAGUAAAAUCCUUCGACUUCGAAUAUCGAAGUCGAAGGAUUUUGCACUAUUCCUACGAUCAAACGAUAACGAAUAAUCCGAACGAUUAAAUCCUUCGAAUCGAACGAUUCAAAGGAUUUUAAUUCAUCGAUCGAAGGAUAUUCCUUCGAUCAGGAAAUUGUUAGGAAGCCUAUGGGGACCUUCCCCAUAGGCUAACAUUGGCCUCGGUAGGUUUUAGGUGGCGAACUAGGAGGUCCAAGAAAUUUUUAAAGAGACAGUACUUCGACUAUCGAAUGGUCGAACGAUUUUUAGUUCGAAUCGUUCGAUUCGAAGGUCAUAGUCGAAGUAGCCCAUUCGAUGGUCGAAGUAGCCAUAUUUGACCAUUCGUAAUUCAAACUAUUUUUCCUCUAUUCCUUCACUCGAACUAAGUAAAUGGGCCCCUUCCAGUUCAAACCAGUUAUUGGUUGCUAGGUUAUGUGGGGCCAUAGCAAUCAGAUAACUGUUUCGAAUACAAAUAAGAAAGCUGCAUUGCAAUAUGUCAUAUUCAAAACCACAAAGCAUUUUCUUAGACCAUCACAGUAUAUAAAAUCUUAAACACAGGCAUUUCUUUUACAGAAAAUGAUUCUAAAUGCAUGAAAACACAAACCUCUAUUCUACUGUUUUCCUGAGCGUGCAUCAAGCGCAAUAAAAUGCAACAUAUCACGUCUAAAAAAUCAGAUAAAACUUGAACGGAGACACAUUUCAUUGACCCAUUUACAUAUUACAGAACAGGGACCUGUUAUCCAGAAUGCUUGGGACCUGAGGUUUUUAAGUUUUUUUUUUUUUGGAUACCUUAAGUCUACUAGAAAAAAAUGAAAACGGUAUAAACCCAAAAGGCUGGUUUUGCCUCUAAUAAAGAUUAAUUAUAUCUUAGUUGAGAUCAGGAACAAGCUACUGUUUUAUUAUUUCUGAGAAAAAGGAAAUCGUUUUUAAAAAUCUUGAUUAUUUGGAUAAAAUGGAGUCUAUAGGAGAUGACCAUUCCGUAAUUCCGAGCUUUCUGAAUAAUGGGUUUCUGGAUAAUGGAUCCCAUACCUGUAUUGAUUUAAAACUACAGUAUAAGGGUAAUUUACUAUGACCCCAGACAGAAGUUCAUGUGCAAAUGUACACACUUUAGUGCCAAUUCAAAUAUCACUUUUGUAGGGGGUCUGGUUUCACUUUGCACUGCUGGAGAAAAAACAUGUGGUGCCAUGUACACAACACAACAUUGGCAGACACAAGCCAGUCCUUUGCUAAGCGGUAAAGGAGAACCGAAAUGCGUAGAUGUGGGGGAGUUUGUAAAACUUCAAUAAAAUUCACUUUGUACUGCA